AAGACAAGAAUUUCCCGCCAGCGCCAAAUCCAGCGAGGCUGCGCGAGGUGGAGGAUGCUGCCAGGUGCCUGAUUUAGUGUCAGUGUCUCCGGCACCAUGUCAAAGCAAGUCUCGCUCUUCAAUUUCUUCGCUAAGUCCCCCCCUCAGACUAGCGGCACUAAGCGUAAGGCUUCCCCGACAGAGGCUGAUGUGCCGCCCGCUGCAGGGAAAAAAUCCAUCUCGUCUCCUAAAGAAUGGGCCCGGGAGAAAUCUGCGAUAACUGGGGGCAAAGGAGGGAAAACAGCCCGGCCGGGCACUCCCAGCAUUGUUUGCGACUUUAGUCCUGGAGAUCUAGUAUGGGCCAAAAUGCCAGGUCAUCCUUGGUGGCCUUCGCUAGUCUACAAUCAUCCAAAAAGUGACAGUCAUCUUCGAGGAAAGGGGAAGUCUCUUCAUGUCCACGUGCAGUUCUUUGAUGAUCCGCCAACUAGAGGAUGGAUCGCUGCGAAAUACAUGAAGCCUUUCUCAGGUUCCACGGCUGUAGAGGUCCAGAAGGGCGGCAUGUUUUUCAGUUCCAAGCCAGAGUUAAGGAAAGCAAUGAAAAUGGCAGACGAUGCAAUGAAAAAAAAUAAAUCUCAUCGCCUUGCGCUGGCGGUGUGUGUAGAUGCUUCCGAUUCGGAGGAAGAUAAGGAGACAGAAGAUGGUUCUCCCUUAAGUAAAGAGGACGAAAAGAUCCAAGCUGACAGACCGAUAAAUCAAAGUAAUGGCAAACCCAAAAGACGAAGGAUUAUGACACUGACUGACAGUGACAGUGGUUCUGAUGAUGAAUUUAAACCUGACAAGGAUAUUCCAAGCAGUGAUGAGGCCAGUAGCGGUUUGGAUGAAGAUGAGGUAUCGGAGCCAGAAUCUGAAGCAGAGAUGGACAGUCCCAUUAAAGUGCCUCUCAAACGCAAGAGAGGCAAAGCUGAAAAUGUUACUGUUCCAAAAAAGAAUCUGCAGAAAGAUCUUCCAGAAACCCCCAAAAGAGCGGCCAAUCUGUCACACCAGGCCAAAGCAAGGUUGUCAUCUUUUUCAGCGCCCGAAGCCUCUGAGUCUCUGGCAGCCACCAAUGUGCCUGGAAGUGUUUCUACAUGGGAUCAUGAAAAGCUUGACUGGCUUCAAGAGGACAAGCGAAAAGAUGUUAGACGGAGAAAACGGAAUGAUCCAGAUUAUGACCCAUCUACACUGUACGUUCCUGACGAUUUCCUUAAUAAAUGCACCCCCGGUAUGAGAAAAUGGUGGCAACUUAAGGCUCAAAACUUUGAUACUGUCAUCUUCUAUAAGGUUGGGAAGUUCUAUGAACUUUAUCACAUGGAUGCGGUUAUUGGUGUCAAUGAAUUGGGCUUGACCUUCAUGAAAGGGGCUUGGGCUCACUCUGGUUUUCCAGAGAUUGCCUUUGGACGUUUUUCAGAUGUUCUCGUGCAGAAAGGUUUCAAGGUAGCCAGAGUCGAGCAGACGGAAACUCCAGAGAUGAUGGAAGCACGCUGUAAGUCGAUGUCGCAUCCAAGUAAAUUCGACAGAGUUGUAAGAAGAGAAAUAUGCAGGAUUAUCACUAAAGGAACACAAACUUAUAGUGUUCUAGACGGCAGCCCAUCAGAAAGCCAUAGCAAGUACCUUCUCUGCCUCAAAGAGAAAGUAGACGAUUCGUCCGGUCAGCAGAGGGAAUACGGUGUCUGCUUUGUGGAUACCUCUGUGGGGAAAUUUCACAUUGGGCAGUUUGGAGACGACCGCCAUUGUUCCAGGUUUCGGACUCUGGUUGCUCAUUUUCCUCCGGUUCAAGUUUUGUUUGAGAAGGGAAACCCUUCUGGAGAUACUAGGAAAGUUCUUAAGAGUAGUUUGUCUACUGCCAUUCAGGAAGCUUUGCAUCCAUCAUCCCAGUUUUGGGAUGCAUCCAAGACACUAAAGAUAUUGGCUGAAGAAGCAUAUUUUGGAAAAGAAAAUAACCCUGCAGGUGGUGAUGGCGCAUUGCCCCUUGUUCUACAAAGCAUGACUUCUGGAAGGAAUUCUUUAGCGCUAAUGCCAGGUGAGAAGAGCGUAUUGGCUCUUUCGGCACUCGGGGCAUGUAUAUAUUAUCUGAAAAAAUGCCUUAUUGAUCAAGAGCUGCUCUCUAUGGCAAACUUUGAAGAAUAUAUUCCCGUCGAUAAUGUUAUUGAAAAAUCUGAGAGUUCCAACAGUUUGUUUGCUAAAACCAGCCAGCGCAUGGUUGUCGAUGGAGUAACACUAACAAACCUAGAAAUCCUUCAAAAUGGGACGAACGGCUCAACGGAAGGUACGCUUUUGGAGAAACUAGACACCUGUUUUACACCUUUUGGAAAGCGACUUUUAAAGCAGUGGCUAUGUGCCCCUCUCUGCAACCCCUGUUCUAUUAACGAUCGUCUUAAUGCACUGGAAGAUCUUAUGGCUGUCCCAGGCAAGGUUUCUGAAGUCGGUGAACUCUUAAAGAAACUCCCGGACCUUGAAAGGCUGCUUAGUAAAAUCCACAGCAUCGGUUCUCCCCUUAAAAGUCAAAAUCACCCAGACAGCAGGGCUGUCAUGUACGAGGAAACUGCUUACAGCAAGAAGAAGAUUGCAGAUUUCUUGUCUGCGUUGGAAGGCUUUAAGGUGAUGUGCAAAGUCAUUAACAUUAUGGACGAUGCUGUUUAUGAUUUCAAGUCAAGUAUACUAAAGCAAAUUCUUGGCCUCAAAGGUAAAACACGUAACGGAUGCUUCCCUGACUUAUCUGUGGAAUUGAAGCGCUGGGAUACCUCAUUUGAUCAUGCAAAGGCUCAAAAAACUGGAGUGAUUACACCCAAAGCUGGUUUUGAUCCAGAAUAUGACGAAGCAUUGAAAGAUAUUAAAUCGGCAGAGCAGAGUUUGAACAAGUACCUGGACAAACAACGCAAACGGCUUGGAUGCAAAAGCAUAGUGUACUGGGGGACUGCCAAGAACCGAUUUCAAAUGGAAAUCCCCGAGAAUGUCACCCAACACAACCUACCAGAGGAGUUUGAGUUAAAAUCUACAAAAAAAGGGUACAAGCGCUACUGGACGAAGACCAUUGAGAACUUGUUCGCUGACCUUGUAAACGCAGAAGAAAGAAGAGAUGCGGCCCUUAAGGACUGUAUGAGGAGGCUGUUUUAUAACUUUGAUAAAAACUACAAAGAAUGGCAGACCGCCGUGGAAUGCUUUGCGGUUUUAGAUGUUCUCAUAGCGCUGUCCCAGUACAGCAAAGGUGGAGACGAUUCUGUAUGCAGACCUGAGGUUUUGCUUCCUGAUAAAACUGCACCAUUUUUGGAACUGAAGGGAUCGCGACACCCCUGCAUUACGAAGACUUUUUUUGGUGAUGAUUUUAUCCCAAAUGAUAUUGUGAUUGGCUGUCAGGAGGGAGAAAGCGAUGAGAACGGUAAUGCUGCUCACUGCGUGCUCGUGACCGGUCCAAACAUGGGAGGCAAGUCAACCUUGCUGAGACAGGCUGGUCUCCUGGUUAUUAUGGCCCAGUUAGGCUGUUACGUGCCAGCGGAGGAAUGUAGACUGACUCCUGUGGACCGCGUCUUUACGAGACUGGGGGCAUCAGACAGAAUAAUGUCAGGUGAAAGCACCUUCUUUGUGGAACUGAGCGAGACGUCCAGCAUUCUGCAGCACGCUACGGAGCAUUCCCUGGUGCUUCUCGAUGAGCUUGGAAGAGGCACGGCUACGUUUGAUGGAACAGCUAUAGCAAGUGCCGUCGUCAAAGAACUUUCUGAAACCAUUAAGUGUCGGACCUUGUUUUCAACCCACUACCACUCUUUAGUAGAGGAUUAUUCUCGCACAUCGAGUGUGCGUCUGGGACACAUGGCAUGCAUGAUUGAAAACGAGUGUGAAGAUCCAAGCCAGGAGAACAUUACAUUCCUCUAUAAAUUCAUAGAGGGAGCCUGUCCCAAAAGCUACGGCUUCAAUGCAGCAAGACUCGCAAAUAUCCCUGAUGAGAUCAUUCAAGCUGGACACAAAAAGGCGAGAGAGUUUGAAGACCUCACACUUUCACUGAAACUGUUCCGGGAGUUAUAUCUCUUACUGAAAAAACCUUCUAUUGAUGGCCUAACUAUUCACCACAUUCUGGGGAGGAGAUAAUUUGUUUAAAGGAAGAAAGUAACCCACAAAUUUUCUUGGUGUUUAUUCACAAGGCUGGUUUUCACACAUUAUGAUCUAAUAAACUUUAUUCUUUAAAAAUGA